CGUAUCAUCCAAUGGGGAAUGGUGGAACUGAAAGGUUCAACAGAACGUUAGGUAACAUGCUGAGGUCGCUUCCACCCAGAUCUAAGCAAAGGUGGCCACAGUUGGUUCAAACAAUGACAUUCGUGUAUAACUGCACUGCCCAUGAGACAACUGGGUUUGCCCCUUUUUACCUGAUGUUCGGGAGGGUGCCGAGAUUACCUGUUGACCUUAUGUUUCAAAGUGUGCUUCGUGAUGAGUCAAUCUGUGAUUACAGUGACUAUGUUCAAUCCCUUGUCGGUGAUCUACAGUCUGCUAUGGCGCUGGCUCAAAAGAACUCUACUGCAGAACAAAAACACCAGUCUGAUCAGUACAAUAAGAGAGUCAAAGGAUUGCCUCUGUCAGUCGGUGAUCAUGUUCUUGUUGCCAACAAAGGCUGUAGGGGUAAACGGAAGCUUGCCGAUAAAUGGGAACCCACCAUGUAUUCCGUUGUUGCCUCCAAACCUUCCCUGCACAUUUACAAGAUCCGUGACAGAUCUGGUCAUGAGAAAGUGGUACAUCGGAAUCUACUGUUGCCAGUUAACUUCCUCCCUUUGCCUUCAACUGACAUUUCUGUUGAUGAUGGUGCUACUGGUGCUCCUUGUUCCACUUCAUCUCAAUCUGUUUGUGAUGUGGCUGAGUCAACAUUACCUGUCACUGAUGAUUUGUCUCACAUAGCUGUUUGUGAUGAUGAUCGUACUGCUUCUUGGGUUUCGUCCCAUUCUUCUCCGUCUGUUUCUGAAGCACAAAAUGACUUACCUGUUGACCAUGACACUGUAACUAGUGCUUCUUUUUCUACUGUUCCUGUUCCUAGUAGUUCACAUGAUCCUAUGGUUGACAAUCACCCUGAUGAUCGUUACACUACCAGGCUUGGUAGGGUAAUUAAACCUGUUCGUAGGUUAAUUGAGUCUAUGGUUCAACUCGAAACCUUACUUGGGAUAGAUUCUUUAUCUCCUGUAAUACAUGUGUAAGUCUAUGUAUGGUAUUGCACACACUCUGGUAAUUCUGAGUAUAAUUGCCUGAAAAUGUUUUUUUCCCCUGUGUUUAUUAAUCCUGUUUGUAUAAUUGGUCUGAAUUUAUCAAAGUGUAAUGGGCACUUUGCUUAUGCCUGCAAGAUGUGUGGAAGUUUGGCCAACUUUCGCCAUUUUUGUAUCCCUUGGUUGGGUAACUUUUAAGAUGGAGUCUUUACGGUAGACCAUGUAAUUCAAGUGACCAGUGUAUUCUCUUGUUCUACUUUUUCAGGAUUUUGUGUAAAUUCUGGGGGGUGAGUGUAACAGGUACAUAAAGUGUACUGUUAAAUGUAUUUAUAGUUUAUUAGAAUUUCCACAAAGUUAUUUGUUGACAUAUACCUGAUAUUACUGCCUAAGUGAAGUUGAGUGUCUUUUCCUUUAAUUGAUGUGAUGUCAUGAGUUAAUAUAAUUUCCUGUUCUGUCUCCUCCUCUUCCUCUUUGCACUGGUGAUUCAGUGAGAGGUGAGGUUAUUUUUGGCUCCUCAUAAUCAUCUUUAAUCUAUAUAUUAAGUGUUGCUUUUAUGUCUAAAUUUUCAUUCUAAUUCCUUUGUGCAAUAUUAUUUUACUUAUCUGUGUGGUUAUUUUCGCGAUUAAGUGAUGUUUUAACAUCUGGGCCUAAAUGGGAAAUGAGAACACGUGUGACAAGUGUACAUCAUAUUUGUUUUAUAGAGCUAGAGAGGGCGCUUCUCACUAAGAGGCUGAUUAUGUUUCAUUUGUCUAUCAGUUGUCUAUCAGAGUAAACCAGUGAAAUCGCCGCCUGUGGUCCAGUGUCUUAUUUAUCUACACAACGCAGACAAGACAAGUAUAACUGGUGUCGCGAGCCACCGGUUACA